UCAUAUGACUAGAGGAGUUGUUAGUGUGUGUUGAGAGAAAAUCUUCAUGUACUAUCGUAAAAUAGCACUUGUAGUCUUUUUAACGGUUUGGUUCUGGGCCAUGGAUUUAUAAAUUUGGGUUUAGAGUACAGAAACAGGGAAAUUACGCAAAAAAGGAUUUUGCGUUUCUGGGGAGGCCUAGUGUCCCAUAUAACAAGGUGUAGAGCUGGAUGAACACAGCAGGCCAAGCAGCAUCAGAGGAGCAGGAAAGCUGACGUUUCGGGUCUAGACCCUUCUUCAGAAAAAAAGUUUCUCAGGUUCUCCAGCAUCGGCAGUUCCUACUAUCUCUAGGCCUAGUGUCCCAUUCUGAUAAAACAUUUUUUGGGACAGUGAGUAAAAUUUGUGGAGCAGAUGUAUCAGAAUGAAACCAGAAGGAAGGGACUUUAGUUCUUGUGGAGAGACUGACGAAGUUGUGAUUAUUCACGUUGCGCAGUGGGAUACUUAGUGGAUGUGUUCAAAUAUCUUAAAGAAAGAGAAAAGAUUUGACUAUUGCAACACGCUUCUGGCUCGUCUCCAACAUUACACCAUCAAUCUGAGGAUAUCAAAAUUCUGUUGUCCAUGUCUCGUCUUGAAGCAAGUCCCGUUACUUUAUUGUUGGGGGAAAAUAUAGGGUAUGGCACGAGUUAACCCCACACCUAUUUGGGGAGAAUUAAUAAAACCUUAAGAUGAGAUGCUAGUAUGGAAAAUAUUGGUACAGAAGCAAUUAAUUGGAUAUAUUAAGGAAGGAUAGGAUUUGCGACUAAUAUGGAAAAACCUCACUGGUUAAACCUACCUCAGGAUAUAUUGUUGGAAGUAUUUAGAUAUCUAACACCGGUAGGAAAAGCUAACGUUCGUGCAACGUGCAAGUACUUACAACAGUUAAUUGAUCAUCCUACUUUAUGGACGAAUAGUAUAAUUGUCCUAAAAAGUUUACAAUGCUGUAAUUCAGUCUUUUGGAGAACGUUAAGAAAAAGGCGAAUAAGAUCUGUGGUGAUUAAGGAAGCAACACAGAAGCAACAACAGAGGAUGGUGAAUUUACUACCUGACCUGACAGCUGUUACUAUUGAUGUAAAAAAGAAUUUGGAGAGUUUAAGCACUUUGAAAUCACUUGCAAGCUUACAGAAAUUACAGCUGAGUAAUAAAUUACAAGUGCUAGAUCAAAAACUGCUAAGAGAAAUGGCUUUCUUCAAACAUCUGACUCAUUUGGUCGUAUGCACUUCAGUGUUUAUCCAGGAUAGUUCGUUGUGCCAUCUUGCAGAAUUAACAAAAUUACAAGCAUUGACACUUCAUGCCGGACAGAAAAGCCCUUCUUUGACAUCGCUUCGUUAUGUUUUGUUUCGGUUGCCAAAACUAAAAGAACUGUCACUAAGUUCUGUGGAAAGUUGGGAGAAUUUAUCAUUGUGUUUUACUUCACCAGAAAUGACAACUCCUAAACUGACAGAACGUGACAGUUUUGAGCCACAAUACAUCUCUCGACUUCAAUUAGAGAAGUUGAGCCUUUUGAAUAGCAUCAAUGGUCCACUGUCUGAUACAGCACUCCAGCAGUUGUCAAAAGUCUGUAGUUUUUCUGUGAGCCUCAGCAAACCACCUAUAUCAUUGAACAGCAAUUUUGUGCACAGCAUGUUGGAGAACUUGACAAGCAUCACUGAAUUGGAACUUAGCUGGACUGGACCUCUUGCUGAGUAUGUGAAGAUUUUGCCAUCAGGUCUUGCAAGCUUGGAUUUAAUAAGUACAAGACUCUCCAAUGUCGAUGUGCAGCUUCUGUCCGAUUCAUCAGGAAAAACUCUUAAACAUCUAGGCUUGGUGCUAUGCAGCGGUAUCACUGAAAUAAUGCUAAAGCGGUUGCCAAAUCAGUUUCCUUUUCUGCAGAGCCUUGACCUUAGUGGGUGUAAAUUGUUGAAACCAGACAUUUUGGUUGGCUUCGCAGAGCUAGCAUUUCUAAAGGAAAUCGUAAUUUCAAACAAUCCACACUUAACUGAUGUAACACUGAAGCAAUUUCAAACGUUAACUGACAACAGAGUGCACAUAACACAGAAGAACAAGAGAAAUCAUGACAGAUGUGAUUGUUAUUUUAGCUUUGGUAUGUGAGUGGAUGAAGCAAAAUGUUUUGUGCAUGAUAAAGAUUAUAAGGUUGACUGAGAGCUGAAGAAGUGUGUUGAUGUUUCAGAUGGACUGGAUUGACAACUUUCGUGUUAAAUGUCUGGUGGAUGGAAAUCCAUGAAGAGAAAUGACACGUUUGUUGAUAUGUGCAUGCAUAGCAUUUGAGUUUAAAAUUGGCAAUUGUCAUAAUAACAAGUCAUUUAUAGUUUAAUAUUAUUGAAUAAAUUGGUUAGUUAUGUUUGUUUAUUA